CAAACCUAACCAAACCUCCAAGGUCUGGCGCUCAUGUCAUGAAGUUGGGCCUCCCAAAUAUCGCAUGGAUGCUCGACAGUUGGGUAUCCAUACAAGGCAGCAGAGAGUACCCGGCCGCUGCCCGCGCUGCCAAGAAUCGUUAGGCCUCUCAAGGGUCCUGCGACGUUAGCUGCAUGCCGGUGCUUUACCAGACGCCACUUUCUAGACCGGACGAGAGCUAUCGUGGCCCCGUGGCCAAGAUGCACUCGAGCUUCACGAUCGGUGGCUGCCGCUGAUAAAUCUCGCCCAUUAAGCCUCCGAUUUGCUUGGCACUCUACGCUCAGACAUUGACAAUAAAGUCGCCGAUGGCUUCUAGAAUUGGCAGAUGCUGAAUUUAGAGCCUUGCCGAUCAAAGGCGGAAUUAAAGGUUCCAUGAACUUUAUUUGGCGGACGAAUGAUUCGUGCUGUUCCUGCGCAAGCGAACCGGUCACAAUCGACCCAGAACCUCCCCUCAGACUCAUCGCGGGGGGAAGUGAUCACCCCUUGUUGUGAUCUUCCUGAGGAUUCCCAUUGUCCUCAAAAGCGUAGAUCUCAGACCGAUGCAGCAUUUAAACGGGAAGCGUUGCGGCGUCCGGCAAAGCACGCGGGGGCGGGAAGGGUAUGGCGUCGGAUGCUCUCAGUGGCUUGCUUGGCCUGGGCAAUUAGCCAGGUUUCUGGUUUGCCGCACCUGUCAGAGCGAGUCGCCCAUCACCAUCUGGACCGAAAGCGGCCGAGUGGCAGCCGGAUGGUGCUGGAUUGGCAGUCUCAUUACCCCGGAUUUUCCAGCCCGCCGGGGAAAAGAAUGCCAGGGCCAUGUGGUUUUGGGUCGUGGUUUGCCGCUUUUGAGGAUGUCAUUUGGGUGGCUGCAGGGACACGAGGUCGGUGCUUGACUCCGAAUACUUGAUUGAGUCUUGGGGAGCUGGAGAGGGUUACAUUGAUAACGUCCAGUUCCUCCUGUCAAUUCUAGAACUUCUGUCUCUGGGUGGCGUUGGACGAGAGGAGAGGAGAGGAGAGGGUCGCUUUUCAUGUGAAGGAAAGUCACCUGCUGUAGACGAGCGGGGGCGUGGAUUCGCAUUUGUUCUGCACCAAACGGGGAAAAAGACUCAUACUGUAUGGUGACUGUGCGAUAAUGGAUAAUCAGGAUGGCAAACACAGUAUGAAUCCACCGGGCUCCAUACCCCGAUUCUCCAUCCCACCGCAAAAGCUCUCAGUUACCCCUGCAAAUUCAUCCCAUGGUCCCAUUCUCAUCCCCCCAAAUCUCCAGCUCUCCGCAAAACAAGGAGCAGCGGUUACAAAAUUCUUUCAGGGCACAUUUCUGAUGCUCUCAGUGCUACUACUUGCAGACCAGCGCCCGUAACCCCGCAGGCUAGCAAAAGGUAGCUUUGCCCAGACUCGGGCAAGUGUCGUAGCCAGGGCCAGGGAUCCAUGAUUGUCGUGGAUGCUGAAAGAUCACGAUGGUGUGUAGUAAGUGACGAGACUGGCAAGGAGGGACCUUCUGUUAGACGGUAGACCGAACCAUGACGCCCCAGAGACGCACGAGGCAUCAAUUUUGAUCCCUUCCAUUUCUUCUUUUUCCCCUUCUUCUCCCCCCCCUCACACGUCUUGGUCCUACUCAUAAUCCUGCUCCUGGCCUCAAUUUUGCCUUUUAAACUUUGACCAUUGUCUCUUGUUUGAUUAUAUCGUCAUAUUUCGCCCUAGCCAACGUUCGUGACCAUCUAUCUCCCUGGACUACUGCUUGUUAAAUAUCACUACCGAUCUCCCGCCUCCGCUUCAAUUUCUCCCCAGAUCCUCGGCUCCUUGUGGAUUUUAUUUCCCCCUCUUACUUCCCCCACACGCAGAUCAGUUAUUCAAUUCAAAAUAGUCAGUCAACGGCUUGUUUUGCUUCAAUAUAGCAUUCAGCAACUGGUUUUGUGCUGAGACUGUAAAUCUCGAAACGCCUCUCACCAAUACCCGCAAAGCUCAUGCGCCACCAUCUCAAUUCCUGGAUGGAAACCGCAUGAUUGACUUUGUGAUCCUUCGAUCAUCUAUAUUCGUCACCACAUAACAGCCACGAUGUUGCUGUACACCAGACUUGCACCACCCAAGGUCCCUAAGAAGCGCUCGCGCGCAGGAUGCAGUUAUUGUAAAGAAAAGAAGAAGAAAUGUGACGAGAUUCGACCUGCAUGCGCCCGAUGCCAAGAACGUGGCCAGGAGUGCAAUUACGAACCUGUCCGACCUCGUCAGAGGCGUAAGCGUGAAGCAACUGUUCCCUGCUCGCCAUUUGACACAAACUCUUCCUCGAGCUCGGACAGGGCAACUCAUGUUUUGGAUAUCCAUGCCACCUCCGAAUGGAACGACGAUGCGCAUGAUAGAUCAGCUGACGAAGACUCACUCGACGACACUCCUGUUACGACCCAGGCUCCAAUACCCAACACUUCUCUCGUCAAUCGUACUGCCAGCAUAUCCACAACUGACCCUUCUGACUGGGCGGCCGCGGACCUUCCUAUAAUUUCACCUCUCGACUCGGUUGAUUUCCAACUGCCCCCGUUCGAUGAUUCCAAGUAUGUCGUUCAACACAUUGAGAACGGAGAGGAGGAUAUCGAAGAGAUUGUUCGCCGGGAGUCCAUCACCAUCAAUAUUCCAACAACAACGUAUGCCAGCACAUACGCAGCCGCAUACGCCACCCCUAGCCCUUCACUCGCUAUGAUCGCGCCUAUCCCCACACAAUCUCCUCGACUUGAGUUCUGCGCUCCGGUAUUCACAGAGUUCUCCGAACGUACCAACCGACGUGCACUUGUUGACCAUUUCUGCAACGUUCUGUCGCAUCUCAUCGUCUUCCGUGAAGAGAGUGGCAAUCCUUUCCAGCAGCUUGUUCUUCCCUUGUGCCAUGAGAGCCCUGCUGUCACCAACGCUGUUUAUGCUCUAGCGAGUGCUCAUCUCGAGUACCGUGGGGUUGAAAACGACGAGAAGAGUGUCUAUUUUCACAACAAGGCUAUUCAGGGUCUGGCGCGGCUGAUUCAGAAGGGCUCAAGCGCAAACCGAAACGAGUUGUUAGCUGCCAUCAUGCUUUUGGUGUAUUAUGAAGUCCUGGUACAAAAGGGUAGGUCCAAUAUCGUGGAUGGCCAUCUCAAAGGCGCCAUGACCAUCAUGAGCAACAAUGGAACUGCCACUGACCCAACUGGCGUUUUCCUGGAGCGGGCAUUCCGUUUCUAUGAUGUUAUUGCGGCACUGUCAUUUGGCACUGCUCCUCUCUCUAGUGCUCCAGGCACAAAUUAUCUUACACCUUUCCCUCCUCUUGAUUCUUGUGGCGCCACAUCCCCCUUGGGCAGUGUCGACACUCUGCUGGGCAUGGCCACUUCUUUGUGGCCAAUCAUCCAUCGACUCUCCAACCUCUUGGCACUCAAGGAUCAGCUUGAUGUUGCUGUCGCAAACGAAGAGGUUUCCAAGGUUGCUGUCCUCCGAACUGAGUUUGAGACCUCGGCAACGGCUAUCGAGGCGGCGUUGGAGGACUGGCAUCCUGCCGUCCCCGAAAACUCUGUUCUGAACCAAAAUCCUGAGGAGUUGAGCCCUGAGCAAACUGCAGAAAGGAGCCGUCUGCAGAGUAUUCUCAGUAACGCUUUGUCUUAUCGCCACUCUGCUUUCGUCUACCUUUACCGGACCAUUUACAGCUACCCAAGAAGACACCCACUCGUACAGCGCCAUGCCCAUAUCAGUCUGACCCAUUGUGUCGGAACAGUCAGCAAUACUGGUCCCAUGAGUGCUCUUCUCUGGCCACUGUUUGUUGCUGCUUGCGAGGCCAUUACACUAGCUGAUCGUGAACUUGCCCGCCAGGCAUUCAUUGCUAUCAACCGCCGGCAAGGCAUGACAAAUAUUGACCGCGCAUGGACUAUCGCACAAGAAGUCUGGCGACGUGCGGACAAGGCCGACAUGCUUCAGCAGCAAGAAGAGGCGAUGAUGAUGGGUGUCAGGAGUGGGGGUGAUCUCUGGAGAAGAGUGAGUGCCGAUAUGGGCGUAACUAUCGUUUUUGGAUAGGAAAGAAAAGGAAAAUACGGACGAGUCAUACGAUAGCGACGACAGCGAACUGGCGAUACCCGUUCAGCAAUCAUUCACAGCUGGAUAUUAUUGGAGUUGAAAAGGAAUGGGAAGCGUAGUGAUAUAUACAUAUUUUGGAAUGGUUGGGAGCACUUGGAUUUGCUUAGGUGGCAUUAUGUGGUGAUUUUAGGGACGGUUAUCUGAAUGGAACUCGACUGUAUCUGUAUGGUAUAUAUGAACGCGAUGAGAUGUAUUUUACAAUGAAGCAUGAAGAGAAUAUGUGGAUGUUGACAGCUGCUUGUCUGUUUACUUACCCACUUGACGUCCUAGA